AUGCAGGAGCCGUCAUCGGCAGACGAGGUGGUAGCAUCGGUGGAGCAGCCAGGGAACCGCCUCGAGGUCACCGAUCCUCUGGUAGGAGUAAAAGACAUCAACGAGAUCAUAGGAACGGCGAAGGUCAAGCUGAGUUUGGAACAAAUCGCGAACAAAGGACUCGCGGUAAAUUUACAUGUCCUCAAAGAUAACACAUUCGAAGGGGAUAUUAUUUUGGGAAGAGAGUUCUUGCAGCAACAGAAACUCACCUUGAUUUUCAAACCGUCGAGCCAAGGUGAGAAGGAGAGCGUUAGGUUGUUUGCCCAAUUGCCCUUGUAUAUCGAGUCGAAGUUUCCAGAGGCCUUAGAGGAAACACUAGAAAAUAAAGUCCGCGAUUUAGAAUACAGAGAUAGGCAACGGUUGAAGGACAUAAUAAUAGGCGUCCACAAAACAGAGUACGUACCGGUAGAGGACGACUAUGAAGUUCAGGUCCGGCUAAAAGACAACUCGACAUAUUCCUUCUCACCGAGGCGAUUUGCUUACGCGGAACGUCUACAAAUCAGGGCCAUCAUAGAUGACCUGCUGGCUCGCGGAAUCGUGAAAACUAGCACCUCCCCGUACUGUGCUAGGGUAGUGCCAGUCCGUAAGAGGAGCGGGCAAAUGCGACUCUGCGUCGACUUGAGACCGCUAAACGCACGAGUCGAGCGGCAACGAUACCCGUUCCCAGUUAUUGAAAAGUGCCUGGCCAGGUUAACCGACAGGUCCGUUUUCACACUCUUAGACCUAAAAGAUAGUUUUCACCAAAUUAGAGUACAUAAAGAUUCCACGAAAUACUUCGCGUUCGCGACGCCGGACGGGCAGUAUGAAUUUAACAGACUACCUUUUGGUUUUUGCGAAUCGCCCGCGGAGUUCCAGAAGCGGCUGGUGCAAAUACUUAACCCGCUUCUCCGCGACGAUAAGGUACUCGUGUACAUGGACGACGUGUUGAUAGCCUCGCGGUCGACCGAAGAGAAUCUUGAAGACGUCGAAACGGUCCUUUGGACUCUGAAAAAAUAUGGGUUCGAACUGAACUAUGAGAAGUGCCAGUUCUUGAGAAAACAAAUAGAAUUUUUAGGAUACGUAAUAUCCGCGGACGGAAUAACGUUAAGCCCGAGGCAUACCGAAGCGGUUAAAAAUUUCAGGCAACCACGCACGGUAUUAGAGGUUCAGAGAUUCCUCGGUUUAACCAAUUAUUUUAGGAGAUUUAUUAAGGGGUACGCGCAGAUUGCGAAGCCCAUACAAGAGUUAGUAAAAAAGGACGUACCAUUCGUUUUCGACGACCACUGUGUCGACGCGUUUCAAAAACUAAAGCGGGAGUUAACGUCACCCCCGGUGCUCCAAUUAUACAAUCCGGCCGCGCCGACGGAAUUGCAUACGGAUGCCUGUAGCACAGGCUUAGGAGGAAUUCUCCUGCAAAAGCAGAAGAACGGUUUAAGUUACCUAACUCACCGCCCAGGCAAGCGCAUGUCCCAUGUGGACGCCUUAAGUCGAUGUACGGCUUAUGUGCACGAGCUACCUCUCGAGCGGGAGUUAGAGCUGCGGCAGCUAACGGACCCUAAAAUUUUGGAGACAAGUAAAAAAUUAGAAAUCGGAGAGGAUAAAAAAUUCGAGUUAAUCAAUGACUUAGUUUAUAAGAAGGACGAGAACCAGAAACGCUUCGUGGUACCAGAUUCAAUGAUAGCCAGUUUAAUAAGAGCUCACCACGACGAGAUGGCUCACUGCGGAGCCGAAAAAACCAUCAUGGGCAUCUCGAAAAAUUUCUGGUUCCCGUCCAUGAGAAAAGUCGUCCACGAUUACGUGGGGAAUUGCCUCACAUGCGUGACGGCGAAUAGCGCCUCGAAUCGAUUCGAGGACGAGACUCAGCUCGUCCCCCUUCCCGAGGCGCCAAUGGGGUGCACGUGGACCACCUCGGGCCGUUGCCCGAGUCCGCCGACGGAUUCCGGCACAUAUUGGUGGCGACCAUCGGAGGUCGUGUCGGACCGAGGUACGGCAUUCACGUCGCGAGAUUUUAAGGAAUUCACAGAAACGCAACAAAUAAAGCAUCGGAAGGCGGCCGUAGCCGCCCCAUGGGCGAACGGCAUCGUAGAACGAGUAAAUAGGUUCAUUAAAACGUCGUUGAUUAAAUCCAUUGUAGAACCGGCCGAAUGGAAAACCCACCUCGGUAAAAUACAAUACAUUCUAAACAAUACUCAUCAUUCGAGCAUAAAAGCAACUCCGGUGAAGCUAAUGCUGGGAUUCGACCAACGCAAUCAUUCAGACUUCGCGCUUGCGCAGCUCACCAGUGCCCGACAUAAAAAACCUUCGGUAUACCGCGACGGCGAGUACGUGCUAAUAAAAAACGACCGGAAUAAACCCGGGGAAAGCGCGAAGAUAAAACCCGGUUACAAGGGCCCGUAUCAAAUAGCGAAGGUGUUAGGGCAUAACCGCUACGUAGUAAAAGACGUACCUGGAUUCAGCCUCACUCAAAAGCCCUUGAACACUAUCCUAUCGUCCGACCGGCUUAAGCCCUGGAUCAGGAUCGGCGACCCUGUACCGAAAAACGACGGAAAAUAG